CCUGGUGGUUUAAUUUUGACCCACACCCACAUUGCGAAGAGGAACUGUUCCGCGCUAUGGCGAUGAUGGGGGCGAACCCCUUCAACCAGCGCGUGGCGCAAUGCGCGAUGUGGGAGAAGGUCCGAGAAGGCCACGUGCACCUCAUCACCCAGGAGGACGUUGAGAAUGUGCUGCUCAACUUCGAGGAGCACGAGGCCAGCGGACAUGUGUCCACCUUAGAGCUGGUGAGGCUGGCGGGGCUGGACGGCACCUACCUCACCAGCGAGGAGAUCCGGGACUGGAUCAAGGAUGCAGACAAAGACGGGCUGGGCCGGGUGACCGCGGAAGAUCUCCACCGUGCGAUCACCAAAGGCAGCGUCGCCUUCUCGCUGGUCAAAAAGGCGAUGUUUGGGAAGGAGCAGGAGCACAAGCUCACAGAGUGCAGUCUCGAUGAAAUCCUGAAGUGGCUGCAUUAUGAGUACGAGAAAAACAGCAACCUGUGGUCCCUGCCCCAGACGUUGGUCCUCUUCUCCGUCUUUGUGAUGGCUUCUGCGCUGCAUCUCAACGUUUGGGAGGCCUACAAGCUGACGCGAGUUUGGACCACGGUGAUGUCGCAGGGUGAUUAUUUGCAGUGGUGGGUGGUGGAUGUGUCCACCUUGAUGCUUUGGCUGGAGCAAGCCUUCCUGCGCAACGUCUUACGGCAAGACAUGAUCUCCUGGCUAGCGCAACCGGAAGAGGCUUCCGACCCGCUGGUUUCAAAUCCUUUCCCCGGGCGAGUCUUGCAGGAGGGUCAGGUGGUGGGCGCCGUGCGGCUUCGGCGGUGGCACAGCAUAGAGCAGCCCUGCAACACUGGGACCUUCUACAAGGAGCUGGUGCCCACUUGCUUUCUGAAGAGCGAGCUGUACCCAGAGGAUUGGUUUAUGUUCUAUCACGAGAAGCGGACCGUCAUCGAGCAGGACAUCCAAGAUCGGACGAACCAAAAUUGGUUGGAUCUCAAUACUGCCUAUUUGGAUAUCCAGGUGUUGACCUACAACGCACACCAGGCGAUGUUCUUCUUUGGCACAAAUCGUUAUCAGUGGAUGGAGUCUGGACGCUUCAUCAUUCGAGAUGGUCCGAACGAAGCCUUUGUCGACGGACCGUACUUCAACCUCUUGUACGCGGUCCCGGAUUUGAUAUUUAUACUAAUGCUCUGGGGAAUUCUCUACGGUGAGUUGAAGGAAGCCAUCCCCGCGGCAAUGAACGGCCUGGACGGAAUCAAGGACUAUUUGGCAUUCUGGAAUGUGGUGGAUUGGUUUGCCAUAUGCUUCGGCAUCACCACUGUGUGCUUCUGGCUGAACUUUGUUCUCGCUGUGGGGGGCCUCCCGAAGCUUUUGUCCACCUUGCCCUCUGACGCCCUGGACCUUGCGGUCUUUUCCAACCAGUCCUACCUCGAGCGCCAUGAGUUCAACGGAGUUGUCGACAGGCUUGAGUUUGAGCAGCAGAUGGCGGAUAUCUUCAAUUUGGCGGAGGAAACUUCUGAGGCUCACAGGAUUGCACGAUGGAUGAUCCUGGGCUACCUUUUUGUACUCAUGUUCAAGUUCUUCAAAGCCUUCAGAUCCAAUGAUCGGCUGGACGUUGUGAUCCAGACGAUCACGGACUCCGCGGUGGAUGUCGCUCACUUCGCCUUCGCAUUUGCGUUGGUGUUUUCCGGCUUCGCGUUGGGCGGGAUGAUGCUCUUCGGCACCAAGGUGCAAGGCUUCCACACGCUGGUCUCCUCCCUGUUCUUCUGCUGGCGCGGUGGCAUCGGCAUGGACGAUGUGGAGAGCUUCGAAGUUUGGUUCCAGGUUCUCGCUUACUUCUGGCAUUUCUCUUACCUGGGCCUGAUGAGCAUUCUGAUGAUCAACAUCUUGGUGGGGCUCAUCUUCGAGGCCUAUGGGCGCAUCCGCUCGGGUGCCGGAGAGCCCCCCACGCUGCUGGAACAGGUGGGCGAAGCCGUGGACACCCUCAAGGAGACGAAGAGUUUCCUGGACAUGUGGUACAUCAUUUGCGAGUUGGAAGACGACGACUUCCCUGCGCACCCGGCGCCCACUGUGACGGUGAGGAGCCUGAAAAAGGCCUUCGCCAAAGACAGGAUGAGCAAGGACAAUGCUGAGUAUCUGGUGGAGAGCGCCUCCAUGUACGCCAAAAAACAGGCGAAGAAGGUGGAGCUCUCGGUCAGUGAUGGCGUGCGGAUGAUCGGGCAGACCAGGACCAACGCGCAUAAGCUGAUGGCCUUGUCCGAGCAGGUGAACUCCCUCCUGAAGAAGUUCCACAUGAAGCACGGCGAGGGCAGCCACGACCAGAACUGGACCAACUUGUUCGCCACGGAGAAGAAGCAGGAGGUCAAGGAGACCGUCGAGGAGGAUCCACUGGCUAGGAACGCCAAGAACGUGAAGCAGGCGGAAGUUGUAUCGAGAAAGGCAGUAUCCAGAGAGGAAACGCUGAUCAAUCGGAUGCGCAACUUCGCCUCGGAUCUCGUUGGAGUCACCAAGGAGCAAAACAAACUGCUGGACUGGAUCUCCCACACAAUCACCGAGCGCGGGCAAGGCAUCACCGAAAAGGAUAGCUGGGCGCGGCAGAAGACGGCCGUGUUGACGGAUCGGUGUGAGAAGAUCGAGAUCAGCGUGGGCAAGUUGGGGGAGUGCCUAAAGGGCGUCGACCCCACCCAGCUUCGAAACAUGCCGGAGCGGCUUAAGGCCUGCGCCGAGCGAAUUCACCAAAUGCAGAUGGAAGACUGCAGCCCUGUAUCCGGCGAGGAUCAUAUUUCUCUAUUUCAGAGCCAGCUGUCGUCCAUUGCCAACGACGUGGCUCAUAUCUCCGAGACAUGCAAGGCCAAAGUGGACGUCUACGAUGCGCUGCAGCGCUCAGACCAGGUCAUCAACCGGGUUCUUGCCACCUAUACCAGGGUGGUAGAGCAGGACAAGCAAACCGAGACCAGCGAGGAUUUUUCCGACCUGCCUGGUGUAACCCAAACCUUCACUGACUUCAGCGUGGGGUCGCCCAUUGACGACAUGUCACACGUCAACAGUGGGGAAUUCAUGUGAUGGCUGCCUUGCAAGAACAAAAGCAAUGCAUGUGUCGAGACUGGGGCAGACAUA